AUGGCUCUUCUUGACGUUUGCGGAGUGUCAGAUUGGGUUAAAGAAGAUGGAUUUAGUGCAGAAAGAGCAUCAGUGGAUAAAGUCAAUCACUUCAACUUCGCUGCUCACAGGCAGGAGUUUGCGGUACCAGUCGGCGUUGAUCCUGCAGAGUUUCUUAAGCCACUCUCAGAUAGUGCAGAUGGGGUGGAGGGUGUGAAGAUCAAGCUGGACCAUGGAACCACAACUCUGGCCUUUAAAUUCCAGCAUGGGGUGAUGGUGGCAGUGGACUCCAGAGCCUCUGCAGGGUCCUACAUUGCCACUCAAAUGGCUAACAAGGUGAUCGAGAUUAACCCCUACCUGCUGGGGACGAUGUCAGGGAGUGCAGCUGACUGUAUGUACUGGGAGAGAUUGCUGGCCAAGGAGUGCAGGAUAUACAAACUGAGGAACAAGGAGAGGAUCUCUGUGUCUGCUGCUUCCAAGCUGCUGGCUAACAUGGUGGCCAGCUACAGAGGGAUGGGCCUCUCCAUGGGCACCAUGAUCUGUGGCUGGGACAAGAAGGGCCCAGGGCUGUUCUACGUGGAUGAGACUGGACUGCGGCUGAGUGGGAACAUGUUCUCCACCGGCUCGGGCAGGAACUACGCCUACGGAGUGAUGGACAGCGGCUACAGGUAUGACCUGACCGUGCCGGAGGCCUACGAUCUGGCCCAGAGAGCUGUAUUUCAUGCCACUUGCAGAGAUGCCUACUCCGGGGGAACAGUCAACAUGUAUCACAUGAGAGAGGAUGGCUGGAUCAAAGUUUCCCAGGAAGAUGUUGGGGAACUUUACCAGCAAUUUGCCAAUGAGAAGAAAUAA